AUGGUCCCUCGCAUUGAACUUGCAGCUACAUCGGACCUCAAGGAUUUCCACGGAAAUGAUCAAGACGAGGACCGAGCACGCAGUUGGUCGACCGCGGUGAAAACCGCGUUCACGAGAGAUCAAGCGCCCGAAGAUGAAAAGUGUCUUGUCUUCGGUGGAUUGCUAACUGGACCAGCUCAAAACUGGUAUCGCCAACUGGGUCGCUCGGCUCGAUCAAGCUGGAAGGAUCUCCUACAAGAGUUCCGAUGCAGUUCUGUGGUUAGGGAGCGCCAGUUGCUCGCCAACACUACCAUGCGAAGAAGAGGUCAGGACGGACCGCACAAGGUACAAAAGGAACACGUCCAGCACUACAUCGAGACUUUAGACGAACCGAAACUGGCGGACUAG